CGGGCUGGGGGGCGCCCGAGCUGCCGCGGCUGCGCCCCGGCUCCAGGCGGGACCGCGUAGCUUGCGGGAGGACCAUGGCGUCCCCGGCGCUGGCGGCGGCGCUGGCGGCGGCGGCGGGCCCCAACGUGAGCGGCGCCGGCGAGGGGGGCAGCGGCGGGGCCGCCAACGCCUCGGGGGCGGCCUGGGGGCCGCCCCCGGGCCAGUACUCGGCGGGCGCCGUGGCGGGGCUAGCGGCCGUGGUGGGCUUCCUCAUCGUCUUCACCGUGGUGGGCAACGUGCUGGUGGUGAUCGCUGUGCUGACCAGCCGCGCGCUGCGUGCGCCGCAGAACCUCUUCCUGGUGUCGCUGGCCUCGGCUGACAUCCUGGUGGCCACGCUGGUCAUGCCCUUCUCGCUGGCCAACGAGCUCAUGGCCUACUGGUACUUCGGGCAGGUGUGGUGCGGCGUGUACCUGGCGCUCGACGUGCUCUUCUGCACCUCGUCCAUUGUGCACCUGUGCGCCAUCAGCCUGGACCGCUACUGGUCCGUGACGCAGGCUGUCGAGUACAACCUGAAGCGCACGCCGCGCCGCGUCAAGGCCACCAUCGUGGCCGUGUGGCUCAUCUCGGCCGUCAUCUCCUUCCCGCCGCUCGUCUCGCUCUACCGCCAGCCCGACGGCGCCGCCUACCCGCAGUGUGGCCUCAAUGACGAGACCUGGUACAUCUUGUCCUCCUGCAUCGGCUCCUUCUUCGCGCCCUGUCUCAUCAUGGGCCUGGUCUACGCGCGCAUCUACCGGGUGGCCAAGCUGCGCACGCGCACGCUUAGCGAAAAGCGCGAGCCCGCGGGCCCCGACGGCGCGUCCCCGACCACGGAGAACGGGCUUGGCGCGGGCGAGAACGGGCACUGCGCGACCCCGCGCCGCCCGCGCGCCGAUGUGGAGCCAGAGGACAGCAGCGUGGCGGCCGAGAGGCAGCGGCGCCGAGGCGCGCUGCGGCGGGGCGGGCGGCGGCGCGCGAGCGGCGAGGGGGCCUCGGACGGCGAGGGGUCGGGGCCCGGGACGGGGACGGCCGAGCCGGGCGCAAUGGCUGCCGCGAGGUCCCCGGGCCCCAGCUGGCGCCUGUCGCGCGCCAGCUCGCGCUCCGUCGAGUUCUUCCUGUCGCGCCGGCGCCGGGCGCGCAGCAGCGUGUGCCGCCGCAAGGUGGCCCAGGCUCGCGAGAAGCGCUUCACCUUCGUGCUGGCGGUGGUCAUGGGCGUGUUUGUGCUCUGCUGGUUCCCCUUCUUCUUCAGCUACAGCCUGUACGGCAUCUGCCGCGAGGCCUGCCAGGUGCCCGGCCCGCUCUUCAAGUUCUUCUUCUGGAUCGGCUACUGCAACAGCUCACUCAACCCGGUCAUCUACACCGUCUUCAAUCAGGACUUCCGGCGCUCUUUCAAGCACAUCCUCUUCCGACGGAGGAGAAAGGGCUUCAGGCAGUGACCCGUGCACCCUACCCGGCGCAGAGAUCCUGGACAGCUCCAGUGGAGGGGGCAGGCAGGCGUGGCCUCCCAGGAGAAAGUGGGAGCAACUUUCCCGGGGGACCCAGGGAUGGAUAGGCCUUCAAGGCGCAGGGGAGGGCGCUGCACGGCCGGAGGGAGGGCUGAGAGACUGCAGGGCCCCCGGGGAGGGGGAAGGAGAGAGGGGAGACCCCUCUGCCUUCCCGUCUCAGCAAGGGGCUGCUUCUGGGGCUGCAGGCCUGGAUCCAACUCCGGGGGCCGCGCCGAGGUGUGGCUGUGAGCUGGCACACGCAUCCUCCCAAGUUGGUGAGAAAGGAGCCUGCCCUGUCCCCCACCACAGGCCGCCAUCCCAUCCACCUCUGAGCAAGGGCUGACUUCCCGGGACCUCGCGGGGUGGCUUUUCUGGGGGAGGAAGGAGGGCACUGACCAUCUUUGGUUACUGAAAGUAUUUAAAUGUUUGCCAAAAAUGACUGACAGCCAAAACAACCAAACUCUUUUCUAAAUAAACCUUUGUAAUCUAA